CGUUUGGAUCUUAUCUCGCAUAUGACACUCGGUGGAAGAAAGACUGGAGGAAAAAGGAGAGAGGGGAUUACCUGUGAGCUGCCUUCCGAUCCGCUCCAUCCUGACACGGGAGAGCCUCGCUUAUCUCGCCCCUUUAUCCCCAUCUUCCACAGGCGCAUGGACCAGUAGCCCCGGCUGCACUUUCUCCACUAUCUGCCCAUCUCUUCUAUUGUCUCUCCAUCGCUGGGAUCACACGGGGGGGGCUGACUGAUCCCUGCUCACAUCAUCAUUAUCUUUAUUUUCUUCCAUCUUUUUCUGAUCUAAUCAUCUGUAAGACUUCGGAACUGUUCUGAUGUGCAGAAACAUUUCCCCUGCUUGACGUUUGACCCCUGCGUGAUUCCCAUGCUGCAAGUUUCAACCUGAAAAAAAGUCAAAUUAGUUUCUUUAUUUAUUUCUUUUCCGUGAAAAGGUGCAUCUCUUGAACAUCUGAUGGUUGUGACUGUGGAAUAUGAGUUAAUUUGGAGUUGAGGCUCCGCUGCUGAGCGUUUUUAAGUUCCUCUCCAGAAGAUUUUGCCUCCCAACUCUUUGUCAAGUACAGGUUCCUAAGGACGAGAGAGGGCCAACACCGGAGAAUAAAAAUGAUGCUGAGCCCGGACCAGGCUGAGGCGGACCUCUCCUGGACUCAGUCCGACCCGGAGACGAUGCUCAACGGCCUCAAGUCGGCCGGCUGCACCUCAGACGAGCCGGCGGAGGGUGAGGAGAGGGCCAAAUGCAAAGCCGACCAGCCCCUGAGCAGGGAGGAGAAGAGGAGGAGGCGGAGGGCCACGGCCAAGUACCGCUCGGCCCACGCCACCAGAGAGAGGAUCCGGGUGGAGGCGUUCAACGUGGCCUUCGCGGAGCUGAGGAAAUUACUGCCCACCUUGCCCCCGGACAAGAAACUCUCCAAGAUCGAGAUCCUCAGACUGGCUAUAUGCUACAUCUCCUAUCUCAAUCACGUGUUGGAUGUUUAAAAGUGAGAGAGACAGAGGUGCUUUGGUUUGGGUUGACUGGACUCAGGCGCGUGCUGGGCGUCAAUUGGGUAUGGCGAGGUUGGCAGAUAGGGUCGACUGAUAA